AUGCCCUUGAAUUCAUCUCACCGCGAGCGUGUUUCUGUCGGCGGCUUAACUCCAUGUAUCAAAAAAGCAACUGUCACGGCGCCUGAAACGGCCUUUACGAGCCACGGCGGAGGUCAUCGGGUGCUGGAUGUUGCGGCGUCGGGGAGUGAAGGAUUGCACCCUGACUCUGGGGAGGGGCAGCGCCUGCAUCCAAUGAGUGAUUUUGAGAGUCUUUACAAAGUGCGCAGACAACUUGGCAGUGGAGGAUACAGCGUUGUAUUUGAGGUUGUCGAUUGCAUUACUCACGAGCGAAAGGCAGCAAAAUUUGUCGUUGGAAAGGUGGAGCGCCGGGCUGCGCGUGCCCGUCUUACUGGCCCAGUGGAGUUGAGGCUGCACGGUGAUGGGAGAAACGGUGAUAGACGGAAGGUAAGUAGUAUCGGCGGGUUGGAGAAGGCACGGAGUGCCAACAGCCGGCCGACGGUCUCAGACUCGCUUGUCAAGGAGGUGGCGAUGGGGUUAAUGGCGCAACACGCAAACCUUGUGCACACCAGUGACGUGUUUGUACACGACACGGAGGAUCUUCGACGUCGCCUGCGGGAAUAUGCUCCACAGUUAUCACUGGAAACGGUGCGGCGAUCUGAGGGCGCUGGUCCGUAUGACGUCGCACGGGGUGCUGCUUGCGGUGAAUCACCGUCGAAAUCGUGGCAACCUCACAGAUUGCGCCAGCGGAGUGGUGGUAGUGGGAGCGAUACCACUGCUUCGGUAAGAGGCGGGGAUGCGCCAAUUUUGCAUGAGUGCAACACAUCUUCGGCCGACCAGAUCACACAAGGAGUGGAAACGGCUAAACGCUACCUGCAGGAAAGUCGGGUUCAAUGCAUUCUAGUGAUGGAGUUGUUGACCGGAAAUGAUCUGUUUACACUGGUGUCCCGCGGUCCGCUGAACGAAAGAAUGGCUGCAUCGUACAUGUUUGACCUCUUUCUUGCCCUCCGGUAUCUGCAUAAUCGUAACAUUGUUCACCGUGAUGUCAAGGUCGAGAACAUGGCGCUUGACAGUGAGAACAGGGUUCGACUUAUUGACUACGGUUUCUGUGAAGUAUUACGGAGGUCAGGGGAUGCCAACCCGAAUGGUGUUGAGGGUAAGAACCCUGAGGGUUUGCUCACACAGUUUUGUGGUUCACACCAUUAUGUAGCUCCAGAAGUUAUCACUAGUGCGUGGCUCACCCGACACGGAUCGAAGAAUAGCGAAACAACCACUCACUCGGGUGUGAGCCUUCCGCCCAUUGCACAACUAUCUGCUACCGGAGCCCCGCCUCCGAAAGAGAGCGUGGAGGGUUGUGUCGUUGGCCGGCAGAAUGUGGGAUCUGCUGGGGCCCUUCGUACGCACCUAACCCGAAGGGGUGUAGGGUAUGGCCUCUCUGCCGACAUUUGGUCUGCGGGUAUUGUAAUGUUCGUGUUGCUGCACUCAGCAUUCCCAUACCAUGACGAGCGCCGCAGUAGGCUCCUUAAAAUGAUCGUAUCCAACAAGCGGUCAUUGGGGAGCGCGUCGCGUUUAAGCAGUGAUGCAAGGGAUCUGCUGCGAAAGUUGCUCACUCACGAUGCCAGUCGGCGUCCGCCGGUAAAUGAGGUAUUGGAACACUGUUGGUUUAGAAAACAAUUAGGAGAAAAGGUGGGAGGGAAACUAUCGCUCGUGGCGUAA